CGCACGGUGACCAGCAUUGAUACUUGCACAAGCCUCGCAGUGUACAGUGCCAUUCUCAUUCCUUGACAAUCUACAUUGUACUUUUGUAUCCGUUCAUUAUGCAUUUCCGUACUAGUAACGCCCUGAUAGCGGCAGCUGCUCUCUCUUCUCUGCCUGUAUCAACUGCCCUCCCCAGACCUCAAGCCGGCACCAAUCCCACGGUUGACUGUCUCUUCAGCUGCCUAGGCUCUUCAUAUCCCAAUUCCACCAAUGUCUGCACCUCCAGCUUCAAUGCAACUAUCAGUGCCUGCAUCACACAAUGUCCCUCAGAGACCGUGUCUUCUGCAGUUACAAUCCUAGCCGCAUAUUGCCAACAUGCAGGUAAUUCCACUGCUUCAUCUGCAUUCCCCCCUUUGGCGAAUUUCACAGUGCCCUCCAACAGCAGUCAAGGCUGGAGUGACUGGACCACUAGUUCCACGACUACUACCACUACAACCUCCUCUACAACCACUACAACCACUUCCUCGAGUGCAGUCUGGGGCGAUUGGAAUGCGACCACGACUACUACCACUACUACCACACCUACCACCACAACCACCACUCUUUCUACCAGCCCUGCAGCCUGGGCAGAUUGGAACACGACCAGCACUACCACUACCACGACGACAACUCCAGCCAUCACGACAACCACUGAGAUUUGGAGUGACUGGAUGACGACGACUUCGUCUACCACGACAACUCCUUCUCCCUCUCCCACCACCACCGCCCCUACAGUCUGGGCAGAUUGGAACACGACGAGUACAACCACGACCACAACGAGCACUACAACCACCACGACAACCACGACACCCUCCACCUGGGCUGACUGGACGUCGAGCUCUCCCAUCCCCGUGGUUCCUGUAGCUCCUGCCACGACAGAGGCGUGGUCCGACUGGACGACGACAACAUCUACAACGACCACAAGCACUACUACGACGACCACUACCACUACUACCACCACCACCCCAACCGCAUGGGCGGAUUGGACCUCGACCUCGAGCUCGACGACAACGACCACUCUAACCCCCGUAGCACCCACCACCACCGCCACCACCACCACGACAACGCCCGAGACAUGGUCGGACUGGACCUCCAGCCCAACAACGUCGAGCACGACUACUCCCUGCACUACCACUACAACUACAACUACGACCACAACCACAACCACAACUCCAUCACCAUGGGCAGACUGGACGUCUACCACGACUACUCCCAGCACCACAACAACGACUACAAUUCCAUCAACAUGGGCGGAUUGGACUUCCACCACGACCACAACCACGAGCUCCUCGACAAGCUCCACCACGACCACAACACCUUCCUCGCCAUGGGCUGACUGGACAACAACCACAUUCUCCUCUUCAACAACAACAUCCUCCACGCCCUUCCCCAACUCCACCUCCACCACAUCCUGCACAACGACGAGCACCUCCAAAGCCAGCCUCGUCACCACCAUCACAUCCUCCAGCACCACGGCAAGCGGAACAUGGACAUUCGGCGCCCUUCCAUCGACCUCUUCCUCCGGCACAGCGAGCUCCAGCAUACCCGCCGCGCCGGCUGCGACGUUCACCGGCGCCGCGACCAAACUCGGCUCUGGCUCCGGCUUGAUGAUCGGUGCCCUCGUGGCGUUCGCUGCUUUGGUCUAACUCUAACCUGGACCUUCCUCAUGUUUAUCAGAAAUGUUGCUUUUUUUUCCAUUUGUACGACAAGAAGACAAGACAAAAUCAAUGCAAAUGCAAAUGCAAUGCACUACGGGCAACGGGACAAAGAUUUAUUCGACACUUAUUUUUUUAAUACUAAUCAACCCUUCACUUCAAUGGGACGGAUAUGGGACGACGGUCAGAGGAAUGGGAGGAUGUCUUGAUAUCAUGUGACGGAACAUAUGUGAUCUGGAUAUACUACUACUAAUGCUGAUGCUGAUGGCUGAUGGCUGAUGGCUGAUAUUGAUACUGGGCUGGGCUGAGCUACUAGUAAGCUGAGAUAUAGAAUGUAAUUGUGCAAAACAACAUGGUCUAUCAC